ACAUAUUCCUUGUGCUUCAACUCUCUCACGGCCCCAAUAAAGAUAAGCAUCAUCCCCUUGCCCCUUCUCUCCUUCCCCUACAUCCAUGUCUCGCUUUUGCUUCAACAAUAUCAAGCAAAUGCAGGCAUAGCAACAACAACAACAACAACGUAGUUGAAGGCACGAAUCAAAGAAAAAGAACGUGAAUCUGUUUAAUUUUUAGUUGAUUUGCCGGAAAAUAUGUCGACCGGGACGGAAAGGUUGGAGUUCGGAGGACAGAAGCCGGAGAAGCCAAGCUUCUCUCAGAAGUGUAGUCUAUUGAGUCAGUACUUGAAGGAGAAUGGGAGUUUUGGAGAUCUGAGUCUAGGAAUGACAUGCAACGUUGAAGAAAACGGAAAACCAGAGAUGUUGAGACGGGCAGCCACAGUUUUGAAUUUGUUUCCCAUCAGUGAGAAACCAGGAGAGGUUUUGGGGCAAAAUGAUGCUAAAAUGCUCAAACCAAUGAGUUUGUUCCCUGAAACAGCUGGUUUCCAUGGAUUCAAGGAGGAAGAGCUCCCAAAAAAGGCCGAUUCUUGUGUUGUAGCAGGGGAGCAAGUGGAUAAAACUGCACAGAUGACUAUAUUAUACGGUGGACAAGUGUUUGUGUUCAAUGAUUUCCCUGCAGACAAAGCAAAAGAAGUCAUGCUCUUAGCGGGCAAGGAAAGUGCAGAGAGUUGCACAGCAUUUCCUCCUCCUACUGAGAAUAAGAUCUCGAAAACUCCGGUUGAAGCUCGCAGUUUGAGUCCUAAUGUUGAACCUAAUUUUGGCACUGAUUUAAAGAAAGACUGCAUUCAAACUCCCACUCAGCCUACAGUUAGUGCAGUUCUACCAAUAACAAGGAGAGCUUCCCUGCAAAGGUUUUUGGAGAAGAGAAAAGAUAGGAUUACUGCAAAAGCUCCAUACCAAGCAAGUAACCCAAAGGCAGGUCUACCAAAAUUACCAGUUGAAAACAAUUUGUGGCUUGGCUUAUCACCGGAGUGAUAUCCAGAUUUUGACAUUUUUAGGCUCCUGACCCUCUCCGGAAGGAAGCGCUUAAUAGUUGUUUGUGGUCUCUUUUAUAGUUAUCCAAAUUAUAUGCCCUUUUUAUUAAUUUUCUUCAACCAUCUGUUUGUGGUUGUGUCUGUCUAGCGGUGGCUCUAAUUAAUGAGUCCACCAAUAUAUCUAACUAUAUUGUUAUUGGUUUCAUGUAUUUAAUUAACUGAGAAUUUAAUUAAAUCAUGAUUCGUCACCAUUUUGGCAUUUGAAUAU